AUGGGAUGGCUUUCAAAGAGACAGCCAAAGAGUCCUCUUCAUUUUAGAGGUGGUACUUUUGGUGAAGGUUCCGGUCAUGGUAGUGGCUUUGGUGCUGGAAGUGGCCUGAGAGGCAAGGGAGGAGGGGAAGGUGGUGGCGGUGGUGGUGGUUUUGGUAGAGGGUUUGGUUAUGGAAGUGGCUUUGGUAUGGGUGGUGGCAUAGGAGGAGGAGGAGAAGGAGGUGGUGGUAGUGGUGGUGGCUGGGGUGGCGGCAAAAACAAUGACAACAAUGAUGGUAAAGCUUUUGGUGAAGAAUCUGGAUACGGUGAAGGUAGUGGAUUUGGUACAGGUGUGGGUUCCAAUACUAAUACUGGUAGUGGUAGCAUAGGAAAUGGUAUCGGCAAUAGUGGAGGCUCAAGGCAAAGCAGUGGCAAAGGUUUCGGUGGCAAUAAUGGUAUUGGCAUAGGAUUUGGGAUGGGCAUUGGAUUUGGGUUUGGCAUGGGAAGUGGGAGAGGUAAUGGUAGCAACGGCGAUGACGGUGACAGUGGAAGUGGAGGUGGAGAAGAGGUUCACAAUAAUGUCAAUGAUAAUGAACUCUAA